AAUAAGAAUAGGUUUUUAAUGAGCUGUAUACUCUACUGCAUGUUUAAUUACAUUGAUUCUUUCAAAAAUAGUAAUAAUGCUUAGUACUUUUAUAGCACUUUACAUUUUUUGAAGUGCUGUACAAACAUUUGUCACUCAUUAAUCAUUGCUCGGUAGUAAAACUGUGAUAUGAAUAGUUACUACAUCACUGGCCCUUACAAGUAGAGCAAGAACAAGGGCAAGAUGUGAGAGCAAUUUGUGUGUGAUUAAACCUAAUCUGUGAGGCAUUUGGCAAAAGACUGGAAACAAGUUGGCUGGAUCUAAUAGCAUCAUGUAAAUGGAUGAGGACAAAGCUAAAAACUCAUUUCCCCUCUCCCCACAAUAUAUCUGUCUAUCCAAAAGUUUAAUAUAUAAAAAAGCGAAAGCCAACAGUCCUUCCUGCUCUGAACUCAAUAUUAAAAAAGGAUCAUAAGAGAAUAAAAUCCAUGAAAACAGAACCAGCAUUUUUAAAAAAUUGAGACACUUGAAUACCUGAUGUAUUACACGUACUGUACUAUUGUUCUGAUUGUUAUAAUUUGUGUACAACUGCAAACUAAAGCUUUCUAUACUAAAACUUCUGUUUAUUCUUCAUAUAAUAGUAUUUUGCCUUUAUUAAGCACCUUUAAUCUCAAAGUACUUUUCAAAUUUAACUUUCCAGAUGAUGUCAUGAUAUCCUCUCACACUCAAGAUACCCCCCUUGGGGAAGGGAUCCCUGUUAUUAGGAAGAGAAAAGUAACAGUAAAGGGGGAUUUGAUUAUUAGAAAUAUAGAUAGUUGGGUUUGUGAUGACUGGGAGAACCACAUAGCGAAUUGCCUGCUGGGUGCAAAGGUUGUGAACCCCUCAAGACAUUUAGACAGACUUUUGUGCAGUGCUGGGGUGGAGCUUGUGGUUGUGGUAUAUGUAGGUACCAUGACCUAGCAAAGGUUAGGACAAAGGUCCUGGAAGCCAAAUUUAGGUAAGAAAUUAAAGUCCAUUAUCUGAAAUGUUUCCAAUUCCAUGUGCAGGGCCAGUUAGACAGGCAGAACUGCAGAGUCUCAAAGCAGGAUGAAAUGACGGUGUUCAAAGGAGGGAUUUAGGCUUAUUAGGAACUGGGGAACCUUCUGAAAAGGAGGAGCCUGGAAAGAUGGGUUCCAUCUAAACCAGAACGGAACCAGAUUGCUGGUAUGUAAAAUUAAAAAGGGGUAAGACUGUACAAGCCUUGGCUGCUUAUUGUAGGGUUCCUGAGUUGGAACCCAGUGUAGAGGGUGGGCCUGGGUUCCCCUACCAGCCACUGGGAAGUGGCGCAGGGCAUUGGAGACACCAGCUAGACAGCUGGUCAGGAAGGACUUUGAUUUCUCUGGAAGGGGAGGACCCUCUCUAAUAUCUGCUGAUUGUUACAAUAAUAGGAAGCAAGAGUUAGAGCUGUAGUAAAACUCCACCAGGCCUUGCAGGGGGACAGAUUGUUUAAACCACACUGGAGAGGCAAAGAUUAGUGAGGGAAUAAAGCUGCAGUGGCAGAACUGAAGGGGCACAGAGCAGGAGGAAUACUGGAGAGAACUGAACUUGGGUGACCUGAGAGCCAGACACAAGGGAACUGGAACCAGGACAGGGAAAACGCAAAAAGGAAGGAGAGAAUUAAAGGGAAAACAGUGAUUUAUUGAGAAAUUAGAGUAGGUGGAGAUCUAUGAACAGAGAAAAGUGGAGAGAAGAUAGAAUUUGGAAGAUAAGGCCCUAAUCCAGAAAAACAUUUUUAGCAUGUCAGUAGUCUGAUUUAGGGAAUACUGACAUGCUGAAAGUUAAGCCCUUGUUUUAUGUGCUUUCCUGGAUCGGGCCUGAAAGAUCAUACUGAGAAGUAUAGGAAAGAAGAGUAAGAAAAAUUUGGGGAUGAGGGGAGGUGUAUGAGCAACAGAGAGACUACAGGAGUAUAAUGAAGUUACAGAAAAAUAAAAGUACAGAUCGUUUAAAAAAAGUUUUAAAAACAGAAAAAAUUACACACAAAAGCCUUAAGAAAAAUAUACAGAAAGAAAGAAAUAGCAGGGGAAAGAAAAAUUACUGUAUCACCUGUGUUUUGCUUUCUGUUUUACUUAACUAAGCCCACAAAUUUUUAGUAAUGAUUAAUUCCCAGUCUCAGCUGCCACAACAUCUGCCUUCAAACUCCAAGUGUUAAGUAAUUAUUUGUAAACUAAUUAAGUAAUGUGAUUAACAUGGUUCCUAAAAAGAGGUGCAUUUUACACACGUUGAAAAAGUAGUCACACAUUUUGAACAUUUUCCACACCUUCCCUGGUUAGGAUAUUUUAGAAAUUAGGUGUUAAACAGUUGUUGUGUUGCACAUGGCAUGUAGCUUGAUGGAUGAAGAGAUUUUUUUUUUAUAGGUUAAGAACGUAAGACUACUGGGUCAGAUCAAUGGUCCAUCUGGACCAGUAUCCUGUCUUUUGAAAGUAGCUGGUGCCAGAUCCUUCAGAGGGAAUGAACAGAACAGGACAAUUAUUGUGUGGUCCAUCCCCUGUCAUCCAGUCCCAGCUUCUGACAGUCAGAGGUUUGGGGACACUCAGCAUAAGGUUGCAUCCCUGACCAUCUUAGCUAAUAGCCAUUGAUAGAUCUACUCUCUGUGAACUUAUCUAAUUUUUUAUAACACAGUUAUACAUUUGGCCUUCACAACAUCCCCUGGCAAUGAGUUCCAUAGGUUGACUGUAUGUUGUGUGAAGAAGCACUUCCUUGUAUUUUAAACCUGCUGCCUGUUAAUUUCAUUGGCUGACACCUGUUUCUUGUAUUAUGUGAAGGGGAAAAUAACACUUCCUUAUUUACUUUCUCCAGACCAUUCAUGAUUUGGUAGACCUCUAUCAUAUCCUCUUUUAGUCAUCUGUUUUCUAAACUGAACAGUCCCAGUCUUUUUAAUUUCUGUUCAUAGGGAUGCAGUUCCAUACCCCUAAUCAUUUUGUUGCCCUGUUCUGUACUUUCCCAAUUCUAAUAUCUUUUGCCAGAAGGGGUAACCAGAACUGCACACAGAAUUCAAAGGGUGGACAUGACAGAUUUAUAUAGUGGAAUGAUGAUAUUUUCUGUAUUAUUAUCUAUCCCUUUCCUAAUGGUUCCUAGCAUUCUGUUAGCUUUUUUGACUGCUGCUGCUACUGCCUUUACAUGGGUGGUAAAGGCAGUGGAGCUGCAACGAGCUUGUCCAGAGGCCAGAGCAUUUAAUCCACCCUGCAAGGCUGAUGAUUAGGUGUGUGGAAAUUCAAUCAGAACCUCAUUCUUUUGUCCCGGCUGGGGGCUCCAUGUGUGACUGAGCACUCAGCUUGAGGAGAAGCGGGCAUGCAUCCCACUUCCAGAAGCAGGACUGUUUCCAUGCAUGGCUAUAUUUGUUCAGUGCUGUUUGGCACUCCAGGCAGAGGAAGUAGAGAAGGGAUAUCUGCUGCUCUUCCCAAUGGCCUGGGAGGCUGGAACACAGAGCCUUGGAAUCCAUGAAGGUCAGCUCAUAUGUGGGAGAUUGAAAAGGGAACAGAUGUUCCUCACUAUCGUUAGAUUUUUCUGAUUGUUUUCACCAGGUUGUUAGCAGUAAAGUGCAGCAUAAAAACAUAUUCCUUUUUUUAUUGGGAGUGUAUGUAACAGAAAAAGCAGUCACCAGUAGCAGUAUAUGAUUUACUGGGUUAGGACAAAGGUCUUGCCUGCUGAGACAGAAAUUGUAUCACAGGAAUUCUUAGUAGAGACCCUAAUGCCUUUCUUCAAAGGUAUUUAGUCACUGGUAUUUAGUCCUGGGGUUAGGCAUGUAAAUCCCAGUUUUGGCUCCAAUGUAAUCCACAAAACUCUGGCCAAACUGUGUAGGUGCCUGAACUCACUUGGCACCUAUAUUUUUCAGGGUAAUAUUUUCCUAGGGGCCUAUGUUUCUGCCUUUGGGUAUGUACAUUGCUGCCUCACUCAGAUGCCCAGAGGACUAAUCUCCUGCCUAAGCCCCUGAGCAAUUCACAAACCAGAUGAAGACAGGCUAUGUCACAUGCGGGACCUAAUCCAGUAGGCGAGCUCAGAGGCUGCCUGCUUGAUUGGGUCUCAUUCAAAACGCAGCUAGAGAAAGAGCCCAUUUUAUAACUUUUAGCUCAAUUGUUAACAGGACUCACCUGGGAUGUGGGACACCCAGUUUCAGUUCCCCUCUCUGCCUGAAGUGGGGAGAGGAUUUCAGCAGGGUCUCCCACCUUUCAAGAGAUGCUCUAACCACUGAACUAUGGGUUAGUCUGAUGUAGGGCUCCCUUAGUCUCUCCUAUUGAAGUUGUUGCACUGAUGAAAGAGAGGUUGAAGCAGGGGGACUGGCCCUGGAGUCUACCACCUCCCAGGGCCGUUUGUCCUAACCACUGAACUACUGAAUCAUUCCCAUUCUCUUACAGACCCAGUGACAAAAGUCAGUCGUCCAGCUAUCUGUCUAUCUGACAAAAGCUUUCAUUAGUAUUAAAUUUUAGUAAAUAUUCAGCUACACUCUCAAGGAAUUUGUCCAAGAACCUCCCCCCACCAAUAUCCUUCUAGCACUAUGCCAGUAGGUGCUGUGUCCGAGACUGUCCACUAAGGGGCAACCCACUGCAAGAAAUACAUUUUAGAUGAGCAGUUUGAACAAACUUCUGCAAACUUCCCCAGCAUCUCGGGUUGCUCCGGGGUGCGUAUUUCCGUUGCUCUGACGCUGUCCUGAGCCUGGGGUCGGAUAGGAGAAAGCAAUUUCCCGCCCUGAAGUGGGAGGAGAAGGAAGAAAGAGAGGUUCUGCAGCAGCAAGAAGCUUGGAUUUAACUGCUCACUUUCGCAGCACACAUUAGCUGCCUUUGGAUCUGGGCUGAAAUAAAAAGUUUCCUGAAUGACUGGCCCGUGCUUGAGGACGGGAAGUGAGACGGAAGACUCUCCAGCUUGAAUUACUUGCUGCUGGAUGGUAUGCUGUGUAGUUUGGACCGCAUUCCCUGCAGAUGAAGUGUUAGUGGCAAAGGCACAUUGCUAGCUGCGCUGUCAGUCUGCUUGCACUCUCCAGCCUGUCUCCUUUCUUGGCAGCAGCAUCCCUGGGCUGUUGGUCACUGGCCAUCCUUCCUCAGAGGCAGGAAGUCAGAGCCAGUGGGCCUGAUAAUGACCACACAACUAGGCAACGUGAUUAGCGCUAACCGUGAUGAGCAGAAAAUUAAAGUCAGCAAGAUUGACAAAUCUUUCUGUAUUUUUCAGGCCCAGUAUCUGAGCCGAUUCCUGGAGAGCACUUCUGUGCUUGCGUAAGGGAGGGGAGAGGGUGCGGGUGUCAUCCGUUUUCUUGCGAAAGGAUUCUGCAAAAUGCUGCACGGACAGCGUGUGCAAAAGGGUCUUGUUUGGUCCCGUUAACUCUCCUCUUCCCCUGUGCAGCAUUUCUCCGCACUGUUAUUUCUGCUCUUUCGAAGAGGCGGGGGGAGACACUGCUGAGUAAGGCAGGGGGGAGAGCGAGAGAGAAGUGCUGCGAUCGGGUUACAGCGAGCCAUGGGGGAGCAGAGGAGGGGCCGCUUGGCGAGGAGCAGCAGCGGGUCAGAUGAAGUGCUGCAGCCAUCCCUGGGGGGAUCUGUUUUGCCUCGUUCCCCUGCCCGCUGGGCCAGCUCCGUGGCUUCCAGCGAGGCUUGGAUACGCUAAGCCGGCUCCCCGGAUGCGCCAUGCCCCAUCCCAGCUGCUGAUCGCACACAGCGGGUGGGGGGGAGACCCCAGGAAACAGGUGCCCUCCUCUUCCUCCAGCUCCAUGCUGCCGGGAUUGCUCUCUCACCAGCAUUCACCCGCGGUACCCCUGUGCUGCAAGGACAGGGGGCUGGCAGGCGAGGGCAGAGGGAGCCCGGCGGCCUGAACUUGGCCGUGGCCCCGCUCUCUGACGGCCCGGUGAACGGGAGGAGCUGUACCCCGGACUGCUAGAGGCGGUGAUUCACUUGCUGCCUCCAGCGCUCCCCGCUACCGCCCUGCGCGGCCGCGGCCGCCGCCGCCCUGAUGGCUCCAGCUGACAGGCCGCUCGCAGGGAGCAGGGGCCGCCAUGUGCCGCGGUGGCCUCUGCUGCGGCUCUAGAUGCUCCUAGGGGCGUCCCGGUUGUGCGCGCCCGAGGCAGCCGCAGCGAAGCGGGGAGCGGAGGCGCGGCGGGGAGGCGGCGAAGCGGCGGCGGCGGAGGAGGCGAUGGACGAGUCGUCCCUGCUGGACUUGCUGGAGUGCUCCGUGUGCCUGGAGCGGCUGGACACCACGGCCAAGGCGCUGCCCUGCCAGCACACCUUCUGCCGCCGCUGCCUGGAGAGCAUCGUCAGCUCCCGCCACGAGCUGCGCUGCCCCGAGUGCCGCAUCCUGGUGGGCUGCGGGGUGGACGAGCUGCCCGCCAACAUCCUGCUGGUCCGGCUGCUGGACGGCAUCCGCCAGCGGCCCCGGGGCGGCGGUAGCGGCGGCGGCAGCCCCACGGCGCAGGGCAGCGCAGCGGCGGCGGCCGCCGCCCCUGGCAGCGGAGGAAGCGACUCGGCGGGGUCGCCCGCCUAUCAUCCCGCGGCGGCCACCGGCUCCCCCAGCGCGGCCGCCGCCAGCCGGAGCGCCCUGUUGGGAAAGAGUAUUUCUCAACUGCCCUAUGGUAAAGCUCUCUACACCUAUGAGGGAAAAGAACCUGGUGACCUCAAGUUUACCAAAGGGGACAUUAUCAUACUACGCCGAAAGGUGGAUGAGAAUUGGUAUCAUGGAGAGCUCAAUGGAAACCAUGGCUUCUUUCCAGCCAGCUACAUCCAGUGUAUCAAGCCCCUUCCACAAGCUCCGCCUCAGGGCAAAGCACUUUACGAUUUUGAAAUAAAGGAUAAAGACCAAGACAAGGACUGUUUAACCUUCACCAAGGAUGAAAUUUUGACUGUUAUCAGACGAGUAGAUGAUAACUGGGCAGAAGGAAUGCUGGGAGAUAAAAUUGGAAUUUUCCCUAUCCUCUAUGUUGAGCUCAACGAAUCAGCUAAACAGCUUAUAGAGAUGGACAAGACAUGCUUAGCUGCUGCAUCUGGCUGUGAUGUCCCUUUGCCAUCUGACACCAACAUGGCAGUAAAUUUGGCCCAGUGCUCUACUUUAAACAAUACAGGAGCAGUCAGUGCCAUUCAGCGGCAUAUUGAUGGCAAGAAGAAUGCCAAGAAACGCCACUCCUUCACUGCUCUCAGUAUGACACACAAAUCCUCUCAGGCCAUGCAUAACAGGCAUUCCAUGGACAUUAGUGCUCCAGUUUUGAUCAGCUCUAGCGAUCCCCGAGCUGCUGCCAGAAUCGGAGACUUGACUCAUCUUUCAUCCAGUGCUCCAGCCCAGGACUCCUCCUCAAUUGGAACAGCUACAGUGGCUGGACCCAGAACAAGUGCAAUAAUUGGAGAUCAGGGAACACCGACAAAGGUCCAGCUCCCCCUCAAUAUCUACUUAGCUCUGUAUGCAUACAAGCCUCAGAAGAAUGAUGAGCUGGAGCUGCGUAAAGGCGAAAUGUAUCGGGUCAUUGAGAAGUGUCAGGAUGGCUGGUUCAAGGGGACAUCUCUGAGAACGGGAAUGUCUGGAGUCUUUCCAGGCAACUACGUGACUCCUGUUUCCAGAGUGCCUAUAGGAGGUGGCCAGCCCAGGAAUAGCUUAGCAGGCGGGGCUCAGACAGUAAAAGGACCCCCAGGAGCUGUUCACCCAGGAGGUGCAAGUCUUACAAACACGGCCACUGCUGUCAGACCUGUUGUUCCAAUCACUGCACCUCAGACACAUCCCCAACAACAAACAGCGUCUCCUCAGAUGAAUAACUGCAUGAGGUACUCAGCCCAGCAAAUGGUCAGCCAGACUCGCAGUGCCAUGCAGAUGGUAGCACACCCCUCUGCCCAGGUACCGGAGCGGCCCACGGCAACCGUCUCACCACUGAGAACCCAGAACUCUCCAUCCCGUCUCCCAGCCACUGUGGUUAGGUCACACUCCAUGGCUUCUCCACAACAUGCCCAUCAGUCCCCUGUCCAAGUUAUUCCUGGAGCACAGUGUGCCAGGCCCAUCAUUCCUCUCACUUCAGCAGCAGCAGCCAUUACUCCUCCAAAUGUCAGUGCGGCCAACUUGAACGGAGAGGCAGGAAAUGGGCCGAUCAGUGGCUUGGUGACUUCCAGCCCAACCAACACCUCCUGCAAAGCAGAGGAGAGGAAAAAUGAAAAGAAAGAGAAGAAGAGCGGAUUGUUGAAACUUUUAGCUGGCGCGUCAACAAAAAAGAAAUCACGCUCCCCUCCAUCUGUGUCUCCGACACCGGACCCCCAGGGAGCCGUGGAGGGAGCUCUGCAGGGAGCGGUGGGACCUGAACUCUCCUCACUCUCCAGCCACGGCAGGGCAGGUUCAUGCCCAAUUGAAAGUGAAAUGCAAGGAGCUAUGGGGAUGGAGCCACUGCACAGAAAAACAGGCUCCUUGGAUUUGAAUUUUUCCAUUCCUUCUCCUGCCAGGCAGCUACCUUCUUCGAUGGCAGCCAUCCGUCCAGAGCCCAAGCCAUUGCACCGGGAAAGGUAUCGUGUCGUGGUUCCAUAUCCUCCUCAAAGCGAAGCAGAGAUUGAACUGAAAGAAGGUGACAUUGUGUUUGUGCACAAGAAAAGAGAGGAUGGCUGGUAUAAGGGGACAUUACAGCGAAAUGGCAGGACGGGCCUCUUCCCCGGAAGCUUUGUAGAGAGUUUCUGAGGGCUUGCUUUCUUCCCCAUCACUGCUCUCUGAACUGAAAGAUCUUUUAGGGGAAAUUCCAUAGCACAAGAAGAGACAGCAAAGGGAAAUGUGACUGAUAUCCACUGCCAUUUUUACAUCCAAAGACUCCCCGGGCCCUUCAUUCUAUAGCUCUGGAACCACAGUAUCUGCUGUGCUUCCAAAACCAUGUACAGUACAUACAGUGGUAUGUUGAAGUAGUGCCUUCCACUUGGAAUCAUAGACUGAGAGGAUGCACAUUUGGUUUGUAUCUAAACUAAACUCCAACUGUUACCCAUUAUGUAAAUUAUAGAGAAAAUAUCUUUUAAAAAGUUGUUAUAUUGCUGUAACUUAUUUGUCAGAGCUGCAGUGUUCUUAUUGCUGGCCUAUGCAAGAUGGAUUUGGGUGUGGCAGGAGGCAGAGUAGGGAGCUCUUGAACUGGGAUUUUAUAUUUCCUGGGGGAAAAAGAGAGUGUGUGGAAAAACCCAGCUAAAGAUUUGUGCAUUGUUCUGCAAGAAAGAAUUUGAAGUCCAAAAUGUUAGUGUCAUGCUUUCUAUAUACCUCAAAAAUAUGCUGCAUAAGGAUGUCAGUAAGUGUGUUAGUGAUCAGAGUUCUGAAGUACCUGUGAGAUGCACUGGGCAGAUCCUUGAAGAACUCUGGCUCCAUCAUUCAAUUGCGGUUAUUUGAGUAGAAACCCUUUGGUUUAUCAUCUGUCCAUAUUAUAUGCAGCAUUUUUUUGCCUAUCCAGUAUCCACCUUUCCAUUCCUUUUUUUUUUUUUUUUUUUUUUUGGUAUGACAUACCCUUUUUAAUUGUUUGCAGUAUUGUUGCAGCUGUGUUGGUCCCAGGGUAUUAGAAAGGCAAGUUGAGUGAGGUAAUACCAUUUAUUGGACCAACUAUUUGGUCCAAUAAAAGAUAUUGCCUCAUCCACAUUGUCUCUCUAAUUAAUACCUUUUUAAUGUAAGAACUGUUAUACAUGAUAUAUAUACAUAUAUUCCUAACAGAUCAGGCAUUUCCUGCUUUUCAUACAUCUGGUGCUUUUAUUAUUAUUAUUUUAUUAAUAGGAAGAUCCUGUUUGGCUUAAGAAAGAGACUGUUAACAGCAACAUUAACAGGUUUCACAUUUAACAUGUGAAUUCCGAAAUGUACUGAAAGUAGAUUUCAUCAAGAUGAAAAUGUUUGCUAGUACUACAUGAAGCAAGAGAGAAAAAUCAGAUUAGGCGGUGAUAUAUAUAUAUGUGUGUGUGCGUAUGUGUGUGUGUGUGUUUGUAGGUAACUCACUUUCAUAAGAACAUAAGAACAUUCUUUAUAUAUAGUUUCUAAAGACCCUUAAUAAAGCACAGUAAUCUGUCUAGACAAUGAUAAUUAUUCAAGAAUUGGGAGCAUUUCCAGGAGGAGUAAUUUUAAUUGACUUUUAUAUGGCAAUAAAAAGAACACUGCAGGUUCCAGCAAGCACAGGAAUCGUGGAAUUUUCCUCUGUCGUUGCAUCAGAGAGAAGAGAGCUGAACUGCAACAGCUGUAAUUAGCAUUGUCAAAAUGUGAUUUUUUUUUUUACUGUAGAAAUGUACAGUUCUCAACACUGUUCUAACCUGGUCAAGCUACAAUACAAAAUAUAUCAGGCAAUAUAACCCUCCAUCUACAAGGGACCUAAAGGUGCAAUAAAUGUAAAGUAAGUUUAUGCAGUUAUUUGUAUCAAACAAAGAAGAGAAAAAUCAGAUAAUGCAAGUGUGGGAGUAUUUAAAAAAAAAGAUUCAGUUGUGGUAUCCUAUAACCAAGUUGUAACAAAAGAAUAUUCUUAACUAUGUUGUGCCCUGCCUUUUCUAGUGACUGGCUGCUUGCCCAGACCAGGAUAUGGUGGUCAUUCAAGACUAUGUUAUAGUUGCAGUAACCUGGAGAUGAUUUUAGUAAAAAGAGGGGACCCAAUGGGUGUAUGCCAUUACUUUGUUCCCAGUAUUUCUUAUGCCGAAGGUGUAGGUUUUGUUUUCAUUCAAGCCAGGUAUGCUAGCACAUAUCAAAACAUGUAUAAGUGAACAUUCCUACUUAUGUUGAACUGAAAGACUUUGUUCUCUGUAAAAUAAGUUUCUCUUCCUGUCAUUUGUAACAAACAGAUUCCAGAAACACAGUCUGCGGCCAAGUAUUGCAUCUUCAAAUCACAGAAACAUUAUUUUCUGGGAGGAUGGCGGGGGGGUAUUUGUAACGUUACCACAUUUGUUCAUGUUCCAGGUGGUAAUCAGUCAUCAGUAAAAUAAACGGUUAUUGUUAAGAGAAAAUUGCCUUUUUAUAACCAAUAAGAGCUUUAAGAAAUUUUUUCUGCAAAAGGCUGAUUGAAGAAUAGAGCACUAUCUUUCCAGUCCUUUCAUCCAAAUCAGAAAUGGUAUCUCUGCACCUUGAGCCACGAUCCGGUCAGCUAGCAAGCUGACAAUGCUCCCCUCCCCCCCCCCCAAUGUGUUCUAUACACACAUAUAUAUAUAUAUAAAUUCUUGGUUAGCAUUGUCAGAAACAGAUUUCUCUGACAAACUAUAGUGGCUAAAUAUCAGUUAAAAUUCUGUUCCAUGGUAUGUUUACUAUAUCCAGAGAAAUGAAACAGGAAUCAUAUUGUAUUCAGUCAGAUCUAAAAUAGUUCCAGAUUUCACUGUUCUAAUGCUUAAAUCUAACAGGACAAAAGCCGUUAUGCAAGAAAAUACAGAAAUGUCUGUGUAAAAUCAGUGUUUUUAAUGUAUUUUGCAGUCAGAACAAUAAUAAUUUUUAACUAUAGAUAAUGAAGGCAAAAUAACCCUUUCAGUCACACCUCCUAUUAGGAGAAAUAUUUUUUGGUGUUUGAUAUUUUGAAAACAGCUGUUUCUGGUCCCCAUUUAUUGCUUACCAUAAUAGUCUUGAUUAUUGAAUAAUUUUCUUGGACAAAUCAAUUCCAUGCGAAGAGCACAACUGCAGAACAUAAGACUGAUCAGUGGUACAAGAAAAUUACCCAGUGCCAUUUAGAAAGUCUUUGACCAUGGGAGGGGAUUGGCGCUUACUGUGAUCCAUUUUUAAAUUGCAUACAAAGGAAAGAUAAAGGAGGGGGAGGGAGUGUGCGUGCGUGUCCUACAAGGGAAAAAAAGUGAAAGAAACCUUCUGGCAGCCUCAUUUUGUAAAAUGCCAGAUAUGCUGUUCUAGAAAUGGUUGCAGCUAAUUGAACAAUUCCUUUGUACUUUGCACAGCUCAGAAAAUGUUUUUUGUUAUACAUGAAUGUUAACGUGAUUUAGAAAAUAUUGAUGGUUACGAGUACAAAUGAACUACAAGGACUGUGUUUCUGAUGCUUUAAAUAAAAUAAAUUGAGGUCA